AACAAUGACAGUUUUCUCUAAUUUGCGUUGAUGAAGGACGAUCUGCGCUGAUGCUGUCGUCGACUGGGAGUGAAACCAGUGUAGAUGCUGAGUCAGCCAUAACAGUUCGUUAGCAAAAUGUCAACCAGCAUGCAGGAAAAACAAUUAAGGAUCGCAUCGAAGGAAGUAAACUCAGAGUCCGUCUGAGCUUGAUGGGAGAUCAUCCAGGGCAUCGACUAGUAGCCAUUAAUUGAUUCAAUGAAGUCGAAUAGGGACAGAGCUUAAAGCCUUGAGAGGUGCGGUGAUCCAGCCAGGCAAACAGUGCAAACACCGUUUAUCGUUUUAUCGCCGAUCAGAAAAAAAGAUGAGACGCUCUGGCUGCCUCUCGAUCGCCUCCAACUCCUCCAUCACAAUUGUCUCACUUUCUCACAUCUCCUCAUGCUCUCCGAGUGUUUCCUGGCGUCGACUUUGACGUCCGCCAAGGCGCCGUCAUCUGCGACGCUCAGAGAUGUUGGAAUCUGCCUGCAUGAAUUCCAGCCCUCAUCCAACCUGCGCUCCGUGUUCAAGAAAAGCUCGACAGCAGCCAAUUGCCUGGCCGUGAGCCCGUCGCAUGUGUUCGCAGCACAGUCGGAAAAGGCCAUCGUCCAUGUGUACAGCAGAGAGAAAGGGAAUCAUGAAGCAACGGUUCCCUUCCCGGAACGGAUACGCAGCAUUGCGACUGCGGGGAGCAAGAAUGGCGAUAUCUUGGUUUUGGGCACAGAGGGUGGGCGGUUGAUCUUGUGGGAGACCUGUACCGGACGACAAGUCGCUACGACAGCUUCGCAUUUACAACCAGUCACCUCUCUCGUGGUCGACCCCACGUCUAAUUUCAUUCUCUCGGGCUCUUCAGACGCCAGUGUCCAUGUCUGGUCGCUAGUUGAAAUCCUCUCUUUCACCAAACCCCCGUCUGGUCGGGAUCGACAGCAACCAAACUCGCCCAUUCGUACGUUUUCGAACCAUCGCGCUGCCAUCACUUCUCUCGCAGUAGGCCACAGCGCUGGUAGGUACAAUAUUGCUGUUUCUACCUCCAAGGACAAUACAGCCAUUGUAUGGGAUUAUCAUGCCGGCCAGGUCUUGCGGACCUUCCUUUUGCCUUCGAUUGCGUUGUCUGUGACUUUGGACCCCGUUGAUCGUGCUUUCUAUGUCGGCUACGAGGAUGGAAGUGUCCAGGCGAUCGACCUUUACAAAAACCAAUCUAUACAACACCCUCUUCACGAUCCUUCAUUACAGUCCACCCCGGCUCAACCAUCAGCGGAAGAUAGAUGGUUACCGCCGUCCGGGGAUUCGGGGGCAAUCCAGGCUCUUGCUGUUUCGUACGAUGGGAUGACUCUGCUUUCUGGUCAGCAGAAUGGAAAGGUAUUCUCUUGGAACGUUGCCAGACGGAAAUACGCUUCGACUAUAGCUGAUUACACCCACCCCAUCACAAAUCUGCUCAUGCUUCCCUUGUCUGGACUUCCUCACCCGUCUCUCGAUGUGAAGAGGAUAGCGCACACCAUCGUUAAACCCAGAUAUGACCAAGCUUUGUCGGAUUCAUCCAAUGCCCCUGGUGCAGUUCCGGCAGAAUACAUGUUCAGCACACACAUGCUCGCCUCAGUAUCGCCCGACAACGCUCCUACGAGAAAGAGUCGAGAGUCGAAGGGGAGAUCAAAUGAGUUUUCCGAAGCCUUAACUCAUGCUUUCUUCCCAGACUCAAUGAUGGAAGAGGGUCUUGCCGAAUUGGCCGCCAUGAGCCAACAACCCGCUGGCAACGUGAUGGCACAGACUCCCUCCGCAUCCUACACAGCACCGGCAGAAGACACACCCACCAACAGUGCGGAAGUUGCAGUGCUCGAGGAUGAGAUCGCGACACUCAAGAAGAAAGCAUCCAUCAACGAGUCCGCCCGACAGGUCACGACAGAUGAGGUCACUAAGCUCCGAUCCGACCUCUCCAAUCUACAAAACUACAUCAAUGAGCUACACCAAAAACAGGAGCUGGGUCACCGGGAGAAGGUCCUCCGACAGGCCCGGAAGGAGGAGCGGGAAGCCAAGAAGCGCGAAGCCUGGUUUGCCGCCGAAAAGAAGGGCAAAAAGGGCGAUGCUGUUCUCCGAAAGAUGGAAAUCGAUGAUGAUGUCCAGACUAGUGAUACAGAUGAUCAAAGUAGCGAUGAGCAAUAACCGUGGGGAAUCUUGGAUAUUGACCCCAUCUUCCUUUCCUCUUCUUUUACCCGAUGACAUGUUUCCUUUGACCAGUCACAUUUAUGCAUUUAUGUCAUUGAUUGGGUUAUGGACUCUGGCGCAGUUGGUAUAAAAAGUUUAGUUGAUUUAUAGAUGUGAUUAAGCCACUACUAGUAUCGGAUAGUGGACUGUAUAUAUGGAAAUGAAACGAUAAUAGUAUUCCAAAAAAGGUGUUCCC